UCAAUGAAGGGAGCUGAGAGGGAAGGGGCGGGAUCGGUUCCUGCGUGUUUUUUCUUUAACUAGUUGACACCAGCUGGAGAACACAGAUGCAUACACUGCCCUGCAUCACAUACGGGGUUUGCGUUACAAUAUAGACAGACGCACACGUGCACGCGUUUGCCAGACAGCAUCCCGCUCCGUCAUUUUUACGCAUUGCAUUGCUAUUUGGAAUGUGCUGUUUUCUUGUAAGCGCCGUUUCCAUGCCAGCAUGGGAACUGCGGUGUCCAAAAGGAAGAAUCUGAGGAAUGAUGCGAUUUCGUCGGUGGCAGCCAAAGUUAGAGCAGCCCGUGCAUUUGGAGAGUAUCUUCACACCCAUCCUGAGAACCGUAACGGAUCAGAUCACUUACUCUCUGACACCCUUGUUGGCCACGACGCUGACUGCCCAGAAAGCCUGUGCACUCAGAACAACAACCAUCAUAGCUACACUUUUCAGGACUCCACUCUCUGUGCCAAACCCAAUCUGAUCAACCCUGCCCUGGGUCUCCUGGAACCUCCAACUCCAACAGUGACCUCCAAAAGCCGCCUGUCCCUAGAGCGGAGUUUCUCGGCAGAGGAGGACCAGCAGAAGUGCUUGGAGUGCUCACUGCAGCCUGCUCGCGUCUACACUAUCACCGGAGAGAGCGGCAUGCUGGGGACCAGCAGAGGGAGCAAGGAGAACCUGGAGCUUGAGGUACUGAAAGAUGCGCUGGAGGCGUGUGACGUCCAAGCGCUCGCCCAAUCCUCCACUUCCUCCAACUCCUCGUCUCCGACGCAGUACCACCGCCAUGGAGGUGGAGGUACGAGUGGCAACCAGCUCCGCGGCAACCACCACCAUGGCAACCACCAUUACAUCAGCAGCAGCGGAGACAGAAGCGGGGCCACCAACCAUAACCAGCAACUGGCAAGCUCCGCGGGAGCGUCCCACCAUCACCACGGAGCAACUCAUCACCACCAUCACCUUUCCCAACCGCUGCAGAGUUCAGUCAGCGCGCACAACAUCCGCGGAUGGGGGGAGGGAAAGGAUUGCGGCCUGGCAUGCGACGGCUGUCCCGGGACGCCGUCACGCAGUCAGGGUUCGCUGGACCUGGAGAGCAGCACCCGAGAGGCAGGCAAGCAGCGCCGGCCACCACUAGAGCGGAUGUGCAGUGUGGACCGGGUGACUGGGAUGGAGCGAGAUGACAACAGUUGGUUACCUAAAGAGAACAUGUUCAGCUUUCAGACAGCAACUACAACCAUGCAGGCGAAUUUCCGGAAGCAUUUAAGAAUGGUCGGCAGCAGAAGAAUGAAAGCACAAACAUUUGCAGAACGCAGGGCGAAGAGUUUCAACCGAUCCUGGAGCGAUCCGACACCUGUCAAACAAGACUCCCUACACGACUCAAAAGACAGUGGUGAUUUGCAGACCACCUGCUGUACUCCUGACGAGGGAGGAUGUGAAGACAUGGACUGGGAGGAGGAGAGAGAGAUGGAGAGACUGGCGUGUGAGGGCGACGACUUCAUCCCACCUAAAAUUAUGCUGAUCUCAUCAAAAGUUCCCAAAGCAGAAUAUGUUCCCAACAUCAUUCGAAGGGGCGAUCCUUCUAUAAUACCGAUCCUAUAUGAUCAUGAGCAUGCCACGUUCGACGAUAUUUUGGAAGAGAUUGAGAAGAGAUUGACGGCCUACAGAAAAGGCUCCAAGAUCUGGCGAAUGCUGAUUUUCUGUCAGGGUGGCCCGGGGCAUCUGUACCUGCUGAAGAAUAAAGUGGCCACUUUUGCCAAGGUCGAGAAAGAGGAAGACAUGAGCCAAUUUUGGAAAAGAUUAAGCCGGUUUAUGAGUAAAGUAAAUCCAGAGCCAAACUUGAUCCACAUCAUGGGCUGCUACGUCCUGGGCAAUCCAAAUGGAGAGAAGCUGUUCCAGAAACUGAAGAACCUAAUGAGGCCUUAUUCUGUCACAUUCGAGUCGCCACUGGAGCUCUCCGCUCAGGGGAAAGAGAUGAUCGAGAUGUACUUCGAUUUCCGUUUGUUCAGGCUUUGGAAAACUCGUCAGCACUCCAAACUCCUCGACUAUGAAGAUCUGUUGUGACCCCGCGCAGGUCACCGUGUACCAAUGCCAGCGGGACGUCCCACUGUAAACCUCCAUCUCACCAGCUUUCAUUCUGGAGAACAGGAUCAGGAGAGAUGACAGACGUGGACACUGACAUCACUGCAUCUCGGACAUUAUCGGAGCUUACGGUAGAAACCCUCCAAGCGGUAACACCCGAGAGACGAAAGCAAGCAGGUAUCAAACAAGAUGGACCAAAACUAAAGUGUAAUGGAAGAGGGAUAUGAAGAGUUCAGAUGGAAAAGCCACCACCGUCAAAACUAUUAACCAAAAGCUUUCGGCACGUAUUAUACGUUCAUCAAAUACAGGCCAUUCAGAAAUACUGCUUUGUUGGCAAAAUCCGUUAAGAGUCUGAUAAAAAUAAAAAUGCAUAUCAGACACACACAGGGUUUUGCAUCUGAGCUCCUCAAAUGGUCUUUAACCUAUUGACAAACAGUACCGUUUUCAUUUUUACAGUAACAUUGCCCGCAGCUGUCAUUGAGAGUCCUGUGUGCAAUGUCAAGCCGUGUUUAUGAAAUUAUAAGAAAACAAAAAUGGUCAUACUGUAUAUGAAAUAAUAUAUCGGUAUACAUACAGGAUAUACAUUUCAUCAGUAUAUAGAGUAGCUGUAGUCAUAAAAUAAUCUAAAUAUCAAUGGUACGCAGUUUACCUUGUCAAAGUUUAUUGUUGUGGUCUUUCUAUUGAACUUUUUUGAAUAACUCAGGUUUUUGCCUUUAUAAAAAAAUAUAAUAACUUC